GAGAGUUUUAUUGACAAAGUAUACCAUGAUUGAAAAUAUACGUAUAGGUUAUUUAAAUACUAAUAAUAUUCUAUUCUAGCUAAGUGAUACACAAGCAAUGGUCGUCCACUGGGAUGGUAAAGUAUUGCCAGAUCUAAUUGGAAAAAUAAAAGUUGAGCGAAUUGCAGUGCUUGUUAGUUAUAAUGGCGAAUCCAAAUUUCUAGGCGCUCCAAAACUUAUAUCUGCCACUGAUCGCGUAGAAGGCAUGUCUUUUGACACCACGUCCACUAAUACUGGUCCAAUGAAUGGAGCAUGCGCUCAAUUGCAACGCAUGUUAGGAAGAAAUUUGUUGACGUUACCAUGCCGUCACCACAUUCUUGAAAUAUACUUGCGUAGUGUAUUCGACCUGCAUUUCAAAGUGACUCAAGCACCAGAAGUCUCAAUUUUCGAGAGAUUCGCCAAAGCCUGGCCAAAUAUUGACACUUCAUCAUUUAAGAGUGGGCUCGACUGUGAAGAUAUAAAAUCUCAUAUAAGUCUGCAAUGA